UUCCGUGUCAGGAGCUCUUGACUUCCGGUGCGGCCUCGUUGGUGCUAAAGAUGGCCGGCGAUGGAGGCGCUCUGAAGGAUAUUAACGAGAUCAAGUCGCAGUUCCGCACCAGGGAGGGUUUCUACAAGCUGCUCACGCUUUCGGACUCGCAGCAGCGCGCCGGCUUAGCGCGCGCUCCCGGUGCUGGAGGUGCCGCAGCCGGUGCCGCCUCGAUACCGGGGGGCGGCGGCGGUGUGGUCCCGGGACCCGGCGGCUCCUCUCCGGCAUCGGCAGGCUUCCUGCCCCCGGUGCGGGUCUCCAUGGUGAAGCUGCAGCCGGAAGAUCCGAGCGACGAGUCCGAGCGCGUGUGCUUCAACGUCGGUCGCGAGCUCUACUUCUACACUUACACCAACAUUAAAAAGGCAGUGGAUCUUAGUAAGCCUAUAGAUAAGCGCAUAUAUAAAGGGACGCAGCCCACGUGUCAUGACUUUAAUCAGUACUCAGCGACUGCGGACAGCGUGGCUCUCAUCGUCGGCUUCUCGGCAGGCCAGGUGCAGUACCUGGACCCCAUCAAAAAAGAGACCAGCAAGCUCUUCAAUGAAGAGAGACUUAUAGACAAAACAAAAGUCACCUGUCUGAAAUGGCUCCCAAAAUCCGAUAACUUAUUCCUGGCAUCUCAUGCUAGCGGUCAUCUCUACCUCUAUAAUGUGGAGCACCCAUGUGGCACAACAGCGCCGCAGUAUUCCCUGCUUCGGCAGGGUGAGGGAUUUGCUGUUUAUGCUUGCAAAACCAAAACUCCUCGUAAUCCACUUCUGAGAUGGGCGGUGGGGGAAGGUGGGCUAAACGAGUUUGCAUUCUCACCUGACGGUGUGCACAUAGCUUGCGUCGGUCAAGAUGGCUGCUUGCGUGUCUUUCAUUUUGAUUCGAUGGAGCUGCACGGUGUCAUGAAGAGCUACUUUGGUGGCUUGCUCUGCGUUUCUUGGAGUCCUGAUGGGAAAUAUUUGGCUACUGGUGGAGAAGACGACUUGGUCACUGUAUGGUCAUUUGCAGAGAGUCGAGUAGUGGCGCGAGGUCAUGGCCACAAGUCUUGGGUCAACGUGGUGGCUUUUGACCCCUUCACCACUAGCUUAGAAGAAGAAGAACCGAUGGAGCUUAGCGGUAGUGAGGAAGACCUAAACCAGGGCCAGGGGCCACUAAAUUUUGGUCGUGUCCGAACAAGCAGCACUUUGUCCCGUCUCUCUCGACAUAGCUCUAAAGGUGGCGGGCCAGCUGUCUCAUACCGCUUUGGAUCGGUGGGACAAGAUACUCAGUUUUGCCUCUGGGAUCUCACAGAUGAUGUCCUAUAUCCUAGACUUCCCCUUUCACGAGCCCUCACCAACACAUUUGGCUCAAACGCGCCACCUUCUAUUAGUGCUGGGUUGAACAGCACAAGUGGAAGUGGAGGAGUUGAAGGUCACCAUCACCCUUCCAAUGCCCACCAGACUGCAUCAUUACCCCUUCCUCUACCUCGCUCACUCUCGAGGUCCAAUUCCCUUCCACAUCCUGCUGUUGCAAAUGCUUCAAAAAGCCAAGCAGGGACAGAAGGUGGUGGGACAGGAGGAAGUGGAGGAGGAAGCACUGCUCCAUUUAGCAUUGGACGUUUUGCAACACUGUCGCUCCAAGAGCGCAAAUCAGACAAGUCCACUUCAGGAGGGGAAAAGGAGCACAAGCGCUACCACAGUCUUGGGAACAUCAGCAAAAGCAAUGACAAGAUCAAUGUAGCGCCACGUAGCAACCGAUUGGAUGCCUCGAAGGUCCUGGGAACGACGUUGUGUCCAAGAAUGAAUGAAGUCCCAUUGCUAGAACCUUUAGUUUGUAAGAAGAUCGCCCAUGAAAGACUGACAGUUCUUGUCUUCAUGGACGAUUGCAUUAUCACUGCAUGCCAAGAGGGACUCAUCUGCACCUGGGCACGCCCGGGAAAAAUGGUGAGACAAACAAUGCAUUCUACUCAGCCAUUAUCAACGCAAAAUGGAAACUCGCCAAGUGGAACGGUCGUAUAGCCAGCAGCAAAGCUUUUUCACAGUCAACCGCACUGACGCUUCCUGUUUUCAGAAGCUCCACUUCCUGUUCUUGAGGCCUGGAGUUGGUCUGGCUCAGUGUUACCACAUUUGUUACCCUUUCUCACCUUCAUAACCGCACAAACACCAAACACACACAUGCAGCUUCCCCGAGGACAAAUGUACAUAGACAGUGGCACGACCCACACUAACGUAGUUCCGUAUCUUCCAUAUCGACUUCCCACUAUGUUCUGUUCACUUUUUUCCUUUGGUGGAAAGGAGUCUAAGACAUUUCCUUCCAUCACACCCCGCCAUCACCCACCCCCUUGUCAAGAAGGGCGGGGGGGAAAACACUGCAGAUGCCACGGCCAUUGUAUCUUAUUUAUUUAUUUUAUCAUUGAAACUGUAGUAAUUUAUAUUGUAUAUAUUCAGAAUACUCUAUAAAAGCAGAGGACUAAAUGUACUGAAUUAACAAACUCGAAUAAUUAAUAUAUGAAAAUCCUAUAUUGUACAUAGUUGCGUUCGAAUGUUAUGUUUGUGAUACGUAGGGGAUUUAAAGAUUUAGUGUUUCUGUAUGCUAGUGCUCCCAAUGCUGUUAUGAUUUGAUCACGUAGCUGCAUUCCCUUCAGCCUGAACUGAGAUUUCGCCUUUUUUCUGAGACAGUGAGAGGUUCCUGACUCCUAACAAACACGUUCCUAAAGAGUUUCAUGUUCAGCAUGGUCAACGUACCAAGCUAAAAUGCUACUGGCUUAAGUUAAACUAGGCUUUGCAAACCCUUACCUUGUUAAACACAAGGGAAUUCGCUAGUUAAUUAAGCUAGCUAACCUAAGAAAGACCCUUGUCACUGUAGUUCGGUGACACGUUUAACUAUUGUAGCAUUUAUUAGGCAGCAUUUUUUUUUUUUUUUUACCUGCUAUGACUCUUGCAAGAUUUUGCACAAUUUAACAAGAUGCGUGAAACAUGUUUUUCCAGAAGGUUGAAUUUUUGCUCUAGUGAGCUGGAAAAGCGUAAGACAUUCACACAUUAAUUUAUUUGACAAAUGUGAAGUUUGACACUAGAUAGUUACUGUCUAGCUGAUUUUGGAUAAGCAAAGCUCUGACUUUGGUGGUUUCCCUGUUCUUAUUCUAAUUAAAUGACUUCUUCAUCAGUUCCUUCAAGCUCAAGUGUCGAAAACUAGCUGUCUUGCUUCUAUAGUGGUAAGGUUUAGGUAUUAUGUUUAAGGUAGCAAAUAGGGUGCAUUUAUUUUAAAGCAUGGCAGAGACAAGAUAGCCAGCAUUUUGAUUUUAGCUCAUCAACAUUCAGUACUGUUGCUUAGCACGGAGGACCACCUCAGUCACCAAAACGGCUGUUGAUCUAGGUCCUGUGAUUAUAUAAGAAUCUAGGAACAAUAAACAAUUAGCUUGUCCAGCAGGUUUCCCUGCAUUCGAAAGUUGAUUAACAAACCUUCUUCAACUUUCCCUUUACAUCUCGUCACCUAAUGCUCCUUUAACAACUUAUUCUUUACACUGGAGGUGUUGGAUUCAGUCAGUUUUGCAGUGUAAUCAAUCCUUUGUAUAUUGAUUGCCUCGAUUUUCAGCUCCUGAUUAAUCCAUACUUUUGCAGAUAUUUAGGUAAAUGUAAUAAAAAUCGACUAAACUGACAUUCCUUGAAACUAUACCACAACUUUUGCAAAUAUGCUUCCAAGUUCCACAAAUAUCAUGACUUCUGUGAGUUUCAUUUUUUCUUCUUUUAAAUUUAAGAGCGGUCUGUGCAAUACCACCACCUACUGGACUGGAGCAUUUAACAAAGGUUCAGUGGAGAAAGAACACAUCAUGAUCACUUCACAACCAAUCAAUUAACACAAGUUAUACAGCUUUUAAUACUUCAAAACCUGAAAUUUAGGUGCUUGAGACCAAUCUAACAAAUUUUGCUGUUGAAUUAAAGUAAAUCAAAAAAUCUGAAUCUAAUCAAAUUGACAAUCUGCGAUUUACAAUUCCAUAGUUUAGCGUUGCAGCUCAGCAUGUUAGCACUAGGUUAUGCUGUUAUGAGUUAUAACUCAAAAAUAUAUCAAGUCAUAUUUUACCUUUCAAGAAAUAAACACAAGAUAAUUAUCCACAAUAAACUUAUGGAGUUGCAUGGGUGUCUUGAGCAUUUCCGUUUCAACUAAACCACCUGGAAGCCCCACCCCUUACCCCCUGUCCAGGCAGUUUCUUAUUUGUUCAAAUUUCCUGUUUAAAAGAAAUGGCACCCUUGCUCAUUUCCUAGGUAGAUUGGAAGUGAUUGGUGAACGCAAAGUCUUAAAAAUUACUUUUUUUUUACUCAUGUAACAACAAUUUAUGCCACUUUCACUUCAUCCACACAUUCCUCAGAUUAUGCAUUUCUUCAUUUUAGGGUUGUCUGGUCUGCAUCAAAAACUAUCCUAGCUAAAAAUGGUAUCACAUGGACUCAAUCUCUUAUCUAAAAAAAAAAAAAAACUUCGCUCAGGCUAACAGUAAAUAGGGAAAUGUAAAGAGGGAUGAGGACAGCUGUGUUUAAAAGUAGUAUCUGAAUGCAGGAAUAGAUUAACUGUGAAUCCUUUUUUAUGUUGCCCAAGCUACAUUAAGCUACUGAAACGAAUAAUGUGCUGUUUCUUUAAAUUGUCAUCAUUCCAACCUGCUUAAAAGAUAAAUUAGAAGAUUUUUCAAUGUGACCAGUGUUUUAAUCCUUACGUUAUGUAAUCCUUUUUUUUUUUUAUACUUUGCAGACUUAUAUUUAAAAUUUAAAUAUGGCUGCCACACUAAAUAAUAAGUGUCUUUCUUAUUAAUGAUCUGUUACAUAUGUUAUGAUAUUGCGUUUUGUUUGAAGUAUAAUUUCCUCAUCUAGUUGCAAAGUUUGUCAUGUAACAUCAACACUACUAUUUCUCCUGGAUUGCUUCUGUUCGACUUACUGCUUGGCAUAAAUUCUGGUUUAACUUACUCAAUAUAAUGGUUUAAUUACACUGAUUAGCUUAACUAGCAAUAGUCUAAAAAUGGUAGUGCUUGAAUGCAGCUAGCCAGCCCAGGACAGCUACUUCAUUUUGUAAUUAAACUAUGUAGUCGUCGACAUAUUUAUACAUAAAAUCUAUUUUUUCCUCCUCUCCAUCUCUGGUGGUCAUAUUUCUAAGCUAGCUUCUGGUCAGUGGAAUAGCUGUUGUUUUGUAUACUGUAAACCAGUAUCUUAUGUUAAGCAGUCAGUAAAGUUACCAUGAAGUUUAAAGAAAGUAAAAUGUACAUCCUGAUUUGCUGACAGGGAAAAGGCAGAGGACCAAAUCAUUUAGUAUAUGUCGUAGCCUUGUUGAGUGUUUUAGCACAAGACAAAAAUGCUAUUGCCUGAGCAAAAAACAUUUUAUUACUUGAGUAUGCUAGAUAAAAAAUGAGAAAUGAAAAGGUCUAUCGUUGGUCUAUUGUUUGUGUGUGUGUGUCCUAACAGUCGCAGGUAAGAACAUAUAUACCACUAUUUCUACAAUGCAUAAAUCUGUACACUGAAAUACUCUCUUGCAGGAGAUGGCUUAUUCUUUAAAGUCGCUUAUCUUUCAAACGCGACUUCCAUAAGCAUGUGAAUUGAUUUCCGGGUAUGUGUGCAUUUAACACGGUUACACAGUAAUGCCUGAGACCAACGAAGUGGCAUCACAAUAUCAAGUUUGUAUAUGGAGAUCUGUUAUUAAAACUCUUAAAUCCUG